ACAAAUAUUUCAAUAAACUUUACUUUACACAUGAUUAAUAGAAUCUAAUUUCCUCUAAUAACUCCAAUCAAUCAAUUUUCCUCCUUAAACCAUACUUUCCCACUCCAAUAAAAUACAAAAACUUACAUAUAAAAAUAAAAUACCCCCCAAAAAAUAAAUCUCCAUGUCGUAUCAACGUUUCCUUGACAGUAGGCGCAGUUCUUCUCUUCCUUUUUCCGGCGAGUCGCUAACGUGCGCAUCCUCCUUUGUUCUCCAUUAACGCUAACGUGUUCAGCUUCAACGUUCAGUAUCCUGGGAAGUUUAUGUACCCGCGGACGAUUUGACCGACCCUGCUCCUGCUACGACAUUUGAUGGUUAUACAUGUGGAGGGAAGUGUGAGUAUUUUGAUAUGGGUUUGGUAGAUAUGGGGGAGGAGAAAGUAUCUAAGAAGUGCGUUGAGAUGAAGUUUGAUUCAGGGGAUGAUGAGCCAAUUGGGUCUUUAUUGAAGUUAAAAAGCAAAAAGAAAUCGAAGAAAGUGAAGGUGGAUUUAGGUAGUAGUAAGGAGGUGGUUGAUAAAGCAGUGGUUAAGGAUGAAGAUUUGGGUGGGAUGGAUGAUACUUUAGCUAGUUUUAGGAAAAAACUGAAGGUUCCUAAGAAGGGUAAUGGAUCUGUGUCAAGUAUUGGGAAAAGUUUGAGUAGCAAGUCCUGUAAGUUAACGGUGAAAUCUCCAGAUGGGUCUGCGAAGGUAGCGGGAAAGAUUGAUGUUGAAUGUCUAUCUGAAAGGAUAAUGGAUAAAGGUUUUGAGAAAGGGAAUAAGAGAAAAAGUAAGAGAGCAAAGGUUGCUUUGGAGCUGAAGAAAUCGCAGAUAUCUGGGGAUGUGUGCUUACAAUACGAUAAAGAGAGUGGAAAAAGCUCUCCCAAUAGCAUGGAUGGUAUUCUUGAAGAUUCACUAUCAGCUUUUCUGAAGAAAGGGCGUUCUGGUUUGACUAAGAAAUCCAACAGUUCUUUGCAGUUGAAAAGAGGGAAGGGAAGUGAAAUUUUGCACUCUAGCCCGUCCAUAUCCGCAAGUAUGUGCCAGAACUUGGUUGAAGAAAUUCCUGAAUCCAAUGAGAAUGUGCAUGUGGCACUUGAUAGAGGUUCAGUAGAUAUGAAGUCAAAAUCAGGUGAUUUAUUGUCUGUAAAGCAAGAAUUUGUGCAAUACAUUCCAUCUCAGUCUGAUUCAAGGCCAGAGCUUUCUUCAUCUGCAUUUAACAAUGAUGAGUUGUUGAAAUCAUGCAUUGACAUUGAUGAUGCAUCUGCCAUAGAAGGAUCUCAAUCAAAUGUACGGGCAUGUCAUAACAAGGUCACAGGUGUCUUAGAUGGUGGGGUCAAAUGUCACAUUAAACUUGGUGAGGAGGAAACUGCCACAACAAAUAAUAUUGUGGGUGGGAAUUGUGAGGAUAUUCAUGAUGAGGGUGUCUUGAAGAACCGUUCUAUUUAUCAUGGACAGUUUUCUUCCAAGGAUGGUUUUACUGAUCAUCCAAUUGUAACAGGUCAUGAUAUUUCGUCUGCAGAUACCGUUACUCAUGUGAAUAUCGAGAAGUUUGAGCAUCCCGUGUUAGAAACCAAGUUCAAUGCUGAUAUAGAUGUGAACUCAAAUGCAAUUUUAAGCUGCCGAGAAACUCAUGUACAUGAUCAAAUAUGUUCUUCAAACCGAGCAGAUGAUUCAGGUUCUUGUAGAAGCAUUCAGUUAUUGAACAAGCAUGAUGAUACAGCUCAAGUUCGUUUAAGGCCUGAUUUUGUUGCAGCAGAAAAGUGUUCACUUGACGUUGAUGAUGAGAAGCGAAUUUCUGGUGAUUCUGUUUAUGAGCAAGCUUGCGCUCCAGUUUAUUUGCCAAAGGAGGAUAGGCAAUUGUUUGAGGGUGGGUUGUCUUCAGUGUCUGUAGGAAAGAAUCAGCAAGUUAAUGCCAGCCAGAUGAAGCACGAGGACCAAAUCAUGGAGAAUGGUGAUGACUCAUAUGGUUCUUCUAAACAAAUGACUAUUGAUAAUUCUGCUACCUUAUUGCGCAAAUGCAGUUCUGUUUUCCAUCAGAGUCAACUGGCCGAUGAUAAUUGUGAAGGUGCACAUCAUCAAAGCCGUGACUUUGUUUCCGGAGAUGAUGAAGCUGAUGCCACAUCUUCUCCAUCAAUUACACCAAAAUGUGAUGAAAGUGUUGCUGAAGAGUUCGAGUCUAAGCUGUCAUCUGAAGGAAAAGAGCAGAUACUCUUUUCAGGUCAACGCGCUCCACGUAAGACGAAAAAACGUAGGCACGGGGACAUGGCCUAUGAGGGGGAUGUGGAUUGGGAAAUUCUGGUGCAUGGGCAAGAUUUUCUUCUAAGUCAUCAGGAUGGAGACGGUCUACAUUCCUUCAAAACAAGAGAGAAACUUGAGUCGUCGUUGAUAGUCAUGGAUACUGAAAAUGGUGGGGUAGCAGCAGUGUCUGUCGGACUUAAAGCUCGUGAAGUUGGCCCAGUAGAAAGAAUCAAGUUUAAGGAGGUACUGAAGCGCAGAGCUGGACUCCUGGAAUAUCUGGAAUGCAGAAAUUGGAUUUUGAGCCUUUGGAAUAAAGACAUCAGUCGCGUCUUGCCUCUUUCAGAAUGUGGAGUGUCUGAAAGCCCUGUAGUGGAUGAGUCACCUCGGGCUUCUUUAAUUAGGCAAAUCUAUUCAUUUCUUGAUCAAUAUGGCUACAUAAAUUUUGGAGCUGCUUCAGAGAAGAAUAAAGCUGAAAAUGGUUCCAAACACAACUUGAAAAUUUUGAAGGAUGAAAAAAUUGUAGAAAAAUCUGGAGCUCCUGUUGCUGAUACAGAUGAUGGAGUUUCUUUUAUUCUUGGGAGGUCAAAGAGUUCUGAGAUUAUCAUGCCGGAGAAGAAUGAUGUCUUAUCUGAUGAAGGGAAAAAGGCAGAAAAAUGUGGAACUGAUUGUCAGAUCAUUGAUAGGCGGGCCUUAGAGUUAUCUACUCUAGCAGAGCCCCGAGAAUGUCCUGUUGAUGAUUGCCGUGUAAAUGGUUAUCUUGAUAUCCAGUCACCGCGUCAACCAUUUGAUUUAGGUUUAGUUGCUCAAGUGCCUUCAAGUGAAGUGAAGGAUAGUGAAUUACAGAAAAUUGUAGAUCCAGAUCUUUUGCCUCCCAACAAUACUGAGAUUGACAGUAGAACAGCCAAUAAAUAUCUCGUGAUUUCAGAAGAUUCCUGUGGGUUCCCACCUGAUUUAUUAGGGAGUCAAAGGCUGAACACAUGCUGUGAUUCAAAAGGGAAAAAAGAAAUAAUUGUUGUUGGUGCUGGUCCUGCUGGACUAACUGCGGCUCGGCACCUGAAGCGCCAAGGUUUCCAUGUUACCGUCCUUGAAGCCAGAAGUAGAAUAGGUGGUCGUGUUUUUACAGAUCGCUCAUCUCUCUCUGUUCCAGUGGAUCUUGGUGCAAGCAUUAUUACUGGUAUUGAGGCAGAUGUGGCGACUGAAAGAAGACCAGAUCCUUCUUCAUUGAUUUGUGCACAGUUGGGUCUUGAAUUGACUGUAUUGAACAGUGAUUGUCCCCUGUAUGAUGUAGCUACUGGCCAGAAAGUACCAGCAGAUCUGGAUGAAGCAUUGGAAGCAGAAUUCAAUAGCUUAUUGGAUGACAUGGUACUGUUGGUUGCUCAAAAAGGGGAGCAUGCGAUGAGGAUGUCCCUGGAGGAUGGUUUAGAAUAUGCCCUUAAGAAACGCCGCAAGUCCCGUUUUGUGAGAAAUCAUAUAGGUAAUGAACCACAAAAAUUAUCAGUGACAGCAAUGGAAUCCAUGACACUUUCUGAUGGUGGAGUUCCUCAUCAUCAUAAUUCUAAGGUAGAGAUCUUGAGCCCCCCUGAGAGGAGGGUAAUGGAUUGGCAUUUCGCCAACCUGGAGUAUGGUUGUGCUGCAUUGCUUAAAGAAGUCUCUCUUCCAUAUUGGAAUCAGGAUGAUGCAUAUGGAGGUUUUGGUGGAGCUCAUUGUAUGAUUAAAGGUGGCUACAGCUCCGUUGUUGAAUCACUGGGUGAGGAACUUUGCAUUCACUUGAACCACAUUGUUACUGAUAUUUCAUAUUGCAAAGAAGACGUUCCAACAAAAAAUGACUUGUUUAACAAGGUAAAAGUUUCGACAUCAAAUGGACGAGAGUUUUCUGGAGAUGCAGUCCUUAUUACAGUUCCAUUAGGGUGUCUCAAGGCGGAAGCCAUUAAAUUUUCACCACCUUUACCCCACUGGAAAGAUUUAUCUAUCCAACGGCUUGGUUUUGGUGUUCUUAAUAAAGUCGUCUUGGAGUUUCCUGAAGUAUUUUGGGAUGAUUCUAUUGACUACUUUGGUGCGACUGCAGAAGAAACAGACGAGAGGGGCAGAUGCUUUAUGUUCUGGAAUGUCAAGAAAACUGUUGGGGCACCUGUUCUUAUAGCGUUAGUUGUUGGAAAAGCUGCUAUAGAUGGCCAGGAAAUGAGCUCCUCCGACCAUGUAAAGCAUUCAUUGCUGGUCCUGCGCAAGCUUUAUGGUGAGAACAAGGUACCUGAUCUAGUUGCUUCGGUGGUCACCAACUGGGGAAAAGAUCCUUAUAGCUACGGGGCUUACUCUUAUGUGGCUGUUGGGUCAUCAGGAGAAGAUUAUGACAUAUUGGGCAGGCCUGUGGAGAACUGUUUAUUUUUUGCGGGUGAGGCUACCUGCAAGGAGCAUCCUGACACGGUUGGUGGUGCAAUGAUGAGUGGGUUACGGGAAGCUGUCCGCAUAAUUGAUAUAUUGACUACAGGCACUGAUUACACUGCUGAAGCAGAGGCAAUGGAGGAUGCAAAGAGGCAUUCAGAUGUUGAAAGGAGUGAAAUAAGGGACAUUAUGAAGAGACUUGAAGCAGUAGAGCUCUCAAGUGUUUUGUGUAAGAACUCUUUGGAUGGGGUGAAGAUCGUGACCCGGGAGAAUCUGCUAAAGGACAUGUUCUGUAAUGCCAAUACAACAGCAGGAAGAUUGCAUCUCGCAAAAGAAUUGUUGAAACUUCCGGUAGAAGUUUUGAGAUCCUUUGCUGGAACUAAAGAAGGGCUUAGCACACUUAAUUUGUGGAUGCUGGACUCCAUGGGCAAGGAUGGGACCCAACUCUUGCGUCAUUGCGUUCGUGUACUAGUACUUGUUUCAACCGAUUUGGUUGCAGUCCGACUGUCAGGCAUCGGGAAAACUGUUAAAGAAAAAGUCUGUGUGCAUACCAGCCGUGACAUACGUGCUGUAGCAAGUCAGCUUGUCAAUGUGUGGAUAGAACUUUUUCGAAAGGAGAAGGCUGCCAAUGGUGGUCUGAAAUUACUAAGACAAUCCACUGCCACUGAUACUUCAAAGAGCAAACACAUGGCAGCACCUGGAAAACCACCGAUUCGCAAUCCUCCUUCGGCAGUAGACAGUAAACGGGGUUCUAAAGUUUCUUCAUCGUCUGGAAAUCAGAGGCUGAAUGUCAAGCCAGCUACUCUAGAAACUAUUCCAGAUGUUGAACCAUCAACCUCCCAAGCUUCAGUAGGAAGGCAAAAUUUUCCCAUGUCUGAGGAAGAGAAGGUCGCGUUUGCCGCUGCAGAAGCAGCUCGUGUUGCUGCUCUAGCAGCUGCUGAGGCUUAUGCUUCAUCUGGUGCCAAGUGUAACAUGCCACUGCAGCUUCCUAAGAUACCCUCAUUUCACAAAUUUGCUAGACGGGAACAAUAUGCAAAUAUGGAUGAGUCUGACAUCCGAAGGAAUUGGCCUGGUGGUGUGGUAGGAAGGCAAGAUUGCUUAUCUGAAAUUGAUUCUCGCAACUGCCGAGUGAGGGAUUGGUCUGUUGAUUUUUCUGCUGCUGGUGUGAACCUUGACAGUUCAAGAAUGUCCGCUGAUAAUCGCUCACAGCGUAGCCUCUCAAAUGACAAUGCUUGUCAGUUUAACUUUAAGGAGCACUCUGGAGAAAGUGCACCUGUAGAUAGUAGUAUAUUCACCAAAGCGUGGGUUGAUAGCUCAAGUAGUGUAGGGAUAAAGGAUUACAAUGCCAUUGAAAUGUGGCAAUGUCAGGCAGCUGCUGCUAAUUCAGAUUUCUAUGAUCCAGUUAUGCAUGUCACUGAUGAAGAGGAUUCAAACAUGUGUUCCCAAAUGCUUAUGAGAAAGCAUGAUGCAUUAGUGUGUGAGAGCUCUGCCUCACAAAUUACUGUAAAUAAAGAGAUGUUAGAUAAUCAACCGAGAGGAGCAGAAAGAAUUAAGCAGGCUGUUGUAGAUUAUGUUGCAUCUUUGCUGAUGCCACUUUAUAAAGCAAGGAAACUGGACAAGGAGGGGUAUAAAUCCAUAAUGAAGAAAACUGCUACAAAGGUGAUGGAACAUGCUACGGAUGCUGAAAAGUCAAUGCUUGUGUACGAAUUUCUCGAUUUCAAACGUAAAAACAAGAUUAGAGAUUUCGUGGACAAGUUGAUUGAAAGGCAUUUGCAGAUGAAGCCGGGUGCAAAAUCAUAAUGGACAAAGGAUGAGUAGUCACACCCUUAUUGAUGCUUUGCAACAGGGUGGUUAGUCUGAUCAAUUUUUUCAUGACUGGGUACAACAAUCAUUGGCGAGUGAGAAAUGCAGGCUUCAUUAAAAAAUUAUGCCUGCUAAGGUAGUUGUCUACAGAGCUGCAGUCAAGAAAGACGACUCUUUUGUUGAGCGUAUCAUGGACUGUUUAUUGUCAGAGACACUGAUUAAUUGCCCUGCAAAUUUGAGACUUCUGACAUUUCUGUUGCAGUGUGCGUGCAAGAAAAACAUUCUCAAGGUGGCAAAGUAGGGUGAAAAGAUUAACGUGUCUGCCCUGUGAAUGUUAUACUUCUACUCCUGCUGACAGACAUGAAUUCCUUCAGAGAUGACAAGAUUAGGUUUAGAAUUGGUAGUCAGAUUUGAAUUUGUAUUAUAUAGGGAAAAAGUAGCCCUUUUUUCCUUCUGUUCAUGGUUUCCCUUUGAUGAACAAUCACUUCUGACUUUUCUUUAGUUUUGGUAUGUGUACAGCUCAGGAUUUCUAUCAUUGCAACAAAUAUACAGAACAUUUUGAGGGCGUCA